CCACCUUGCUGUUAGUCACUGAAGGCCCGCGCGCGAGGCAACAUGGUCGCGGUGGCUGCGAGCGUACGACGGAAAAAAACAUUGCUUUGAACAGUUUGUGAAAAUCGCGUGGUUUAGAGCCACGGGUGUUCAAGCGUUGUGCGACUAAAAAAGGUUUCUUACCUUUUUUUAAAUAUGUAUUUGACACACCGACAUAAUUAAAAUUCAUCGAGAAAAAACCAUGUGAAUAUGAAAGUUAAUUUAAACUUUUAACAUAAAACGUUAGCCAUCAUAUCCAACGCAAUUUAAAUCAAGAUGCUACUGUAUAAACGAUAGUGUAUUGUUUCACAAUAUUUGGGUAUAGUUACCUUUUUUUACGUUGUAAGUGCUCCGAAAUUCAAUUAUUGAAGUGCUAGUGCUAGUCAAGAACAGCGUAAGUGUUUCGAACUUUGAAUUUUUGCAGCCCAGGAUAGCUCGGCGAUGGCGCUGGCGAGCCAGUACGCCUCGUGCCCGCAGCUGGAGGACAAGGCGGCGAGCCCCGAGCAGCAGGCGGUGCGGCAGCUGACGGCCAAGUACGACUCCUGCCAGGGCCUGCGGCGGCGGCGGCUCAGCUCCACCGACGGCAGCGAGGCCGCCUCCUCGGACAGCGGCGUGGCGGACCUGCGCGUCUCCGACCACGAGCGCCUGCAGAUCGAGACCUUCUUCAAGGGCCUCAAGACGCAGGUGUUCGUGUGCCGCUCGCUCGCCAACCUGUACCUGGGCUCGGCGGCCCAGGAGGACUGGGCGCUGGCGCACACGGGCGUGCCCGUCGUGCUGCUCGACUCGGGCGAGACGCGCUCCCGCCGCCGCCGCCGCAUCCAGCUGCUGCUGGCCGAGCGCGGCACCUGCUUCACGCUGUGGCAGGACACGGUGGACAACCUGAGCGCGUACCGCGUGGCGGGCGAGGCCUUCCACACGCUGCACGAGUCGCGCGACCACCGCCGCCUCGCGGGCCUCAGCUUCGACUGCGCCGAGGCGGCGGCCGAGCUGGGCGCGCACCUGGAGCGCCUCACGGCCGACUUCAGCAACAUCAGCCUGUCCGUGCCGCGGCGCGGCAAGAAGGCGCAGAGGCAGCGCGGACCGGCGCCGCCGCGGCCCUCCAAGGCGCACAUCUCGCAGCCCUGCUGCUUCCAGCACAUCACCAGCGUGGGCGCGGCCGACCGCGACCGCUACCUGUCGCUCAGGUCGCUGGUGGCGCAGCCGGCGGCGGCCAAGGGCGACUCCUGCCGCUGACUCACCCGCGGCCCUCCAAGGCGCACAUCUCGCAGCCCUGCUGCUUCCAGCACAUCACCAGCGUGGGCGCGGCCGACCGCGACCGCUACCUGUCGCUCAGGUCGCUGGUGGCGCAGCCGGCGGCGGCCAAGGGCGACUCCUGCCGCUGACUCACCCGCGGCCCUCCAAGGCGCACAUCUCGCAGCCCUGCUGCUUCCAGCACAUCACCAGCGUGGGCGCGGCCGACCGCGACCGCUACCUGUCGCUCAGGUCGCUGGUGGCGCAGCCGGCGGCGGCCAAGGGCGACUCCUGCCGCUGACUCACCCGCGGCCCUCCAAGGCGCACAUCUCGCAGCCCUGCUGCUUCCAGCACAUCACCAGCGUGGGCGCGGCCGACCGCGACCGCUACCUGUCGCUCAGGUCGCUGGUGGCGCAGCCGGCGGCGGCCAAGGGCGACUCCUGCCGCUGACUCCCCACCCCCACUGCAGCUGCUUCUCUACCAAAGUCUUAUUUCCAUAGCUGACGUGUUCGAGUCAAGUGAGAAAAGACACCGCAAGUGUAUUAUGAUCUCUGUUGAUAACAUGCAGGAUUAUCACGUUCUCCGUUCUUAGUUAAAUAUUAUAUAUUAUAUAUUGAAUGCAUUUAGUUUAGCUGGGAAUUGUAAUCGUUUGGAUGAUGAUUAAGUGCAUUAAAUGGCACCGCAAAAGUAGUAUUAGUUCCUGCUACUGUGACUUUAUAUUGUGCAGCAUUGAUGUAAUAGUUUAUAAACGGAUAUAAAUAAGCUUAUAUUUUUACUUCAAUUUUAGUUAGAAAGAUGACAUGUCAAUAUAAAAUAUUAUGUGUUUGUUGUAUUUAUCGUUCCGCACUGGUUGUAUAAAGACUGGUUAUAUCAGACCGUGCUGUCCAGUGUUGCGACUGACGAACAGAAACUGGUACUAUGAAAUAUAUUUUUUUAAAUAGUCAAAGAAAUUGUUUCUUCUAUAAUUAUGUUUUAGAACGGUACUAUACUUUGCUGAGUGUAUGCUACUAGGUUUUAUUGUAAACAAAAUCGAAUAAUUAAACCUGUCAAAUGUGACAAACUUUCCAA